AUGGAGAGGACAUGGAGAGGACAUGGGAGAGGACAUGGAGAGGACAUGGAGAGGACAUGGAGAGGACAUGGAGAGGACAUGGAGAGGACAUGGAGAGGACAUGGAGAGGACAUGGGAGAGGACAUGGAGAGGACAUGGGAGGACAUGGAGAGGACAUGGAGAGGACAUGGAGAGGACAUGGGAGAGGACAUGGAGAGGACAUGGAGAGGACAUGGAGAGGACAUGGGAGAGGACAUGGAGAGGACAUGGGAGAGGACAUGGAGAGGACAUGGAGAGGACAUGGGAGAGGACAUGGAGGAGGACAUGGGAGAGGACAUGGAGAGGACAUGGAGAGGACAUGGGAGAGGACAUGGAGAGGACAUGGAGAGGACAUGGAGAGGACAUGGAGAGGACAUGGAGAGGACAUGGGAGAGGACAUGGAGAGGACAUGGGAGAGGACAUGGAGAGGACAUGGGACAGGACAUGGAGAGGACAUGGGAGAGGACAUGGAGAGAACAUGGAGAGGACACGGAGAGGACAUGGGAGAGAACAUGGAGAGGACAUGGGAGAGGACAUGGGAGAGGACAUGGAGAGGACAUGGGAGAGGACAUGGAGAGGACAUGGGAGAGGACAUGGGAGGACAUUGGAGAAGGACAUGGAGAGGACAUGGGAGAGGACAUGGAGAGGACAUGGAGAGGACAUGGAGAGGACAUGGAGAGGACAUGGAGAGGACAUGGAGAGGACAUGGAGAGGACAUGGGAGAGGACAUGGAGAGGACAUGGGAGAGGACAUGGAGAGGACAUGGAGAGGACAUGGAGAGGAACAUGGGAGAGGACAUGGAGAGGACAUGGGAGAGGACAUGGGAGAGGACAUGGAGAGGACAUGGAGAGGACAUGGAGAGGACAUGGAGAGGACAUGGAGAGGACAUGGAGAGGACAUGGGAGAGGACAUGGAGAGGACAUGGAGAGGACAUGGAGAGGACAUGGAGAGGACAUGGAGAGGACAUGGAGGGAGAGGACAUGGAGAGGACAUGGGAGAGGACAUGGAGAGAACAUGGAGAGGACAUGGAGAGGACAUGGAGAGGACAUGGGAGAGGACAUGGACAGGACACGGAGAGGACAUGGAGAGGACAUGGGACAGGACACGGAGAGGACAUGGAGAGGACAUGGCGAGGACAUGGGAGAGGACAUGGGAGAGGACACGGAGAGAACAUGGAGAGGACACGGAGAGGACAUGGAGAGGACAUGGAGAGGACAUGGAGAGGACACGGAGAGGACAUGGAGAGGACAUGGGAGAGGACAUGGAGAGGACAUGGGAGACGACAUGGAGAGGACAUGGGAGAGGACAUGGAGAGGCCAUGGGGGAGGACAUGGGACAGGACAUGGAGAGGACAUGGAGAGGCCAUGGAGAGGACAUGGGACAGGACAUGGAGAGGACAUGGGAGAGGACAUGGGAGAGGACAUGGAGAGGACAAAGGAGAGGACAUGGAGAUGA